AGGAGGAGUCCCGCGCCGGUGGGCGGCCGAGGAGGAGGAGGAGGAAGGACGGGCUGCCGACGAGCAGGCCGCCGGUCGUCGCCUCGCAGCAGAGCCAGCAGCCGCCGUCGCCGCCGGUCGUCGUCGCGGGGUCCGGAGGGCGCCGCCACCACCACCACCCCCAGCACCGCCAGCCGCACGGCUCAAGAGCCCUUCUCCCCCCGUCACCGCAAGAGAGAGGUUCCUUAGAAAGAGAGCUUGGACGGCAUGCAAAGUAGUGAAAUAUCUGCAGACAGCACUGAUGAUCCUCUCAGUAGUGGCCUACGGAGAAAACGACAGCCGCGAAUAGUAGUUAUCGGUGCUGGGCUUGCGGGCCUCUCUGCAACAAAAACCCUCCUGGAAAACGGUUUCACGGAUGUGACUGUCCUUGAAGCAUCUGACCGAAUUGGAGGCAGGAUACAAAGUGUGAAGCUUGAAAACGCUACUUUUGAACUGGGAGCUACGUGGAUCCAUGGUUCCAAUGGAAACCCAAUCUACCAUCUAGCAGAAGAUAAUGGCUUACUCGAAGAGACGACCGAUGAUGAGAGGAGCGUGGGCCGCAUCAGCCUGUACUCCAAGAAUGGGGUGGCUUAUCACCUCACCAACAACGGUCAAAGGAUCCCGAAAGAUGUGGUUGAAGAAUUCAGUGAUUUAUACAACGAGGUCUAUAACCUGACUCAGGAGUUCUUCCAAAGUGGUAAACCAGUCAAUGUUGAGAGCAAGAACAGCGUGGGUGUCUUCACGCGAGAUGUCGUGCGCAAGCGCAUCAAAGCUGAUCUGGACGACUCGGAGGCGAUCAGGAGGCUGAAGCUUGCCAUGAUCCAGCAAUACCUUAAGGUGGAAAGUUGCGAGAGCAGCUCCCACAGCAUGGACGAAGUCUCGCUGAGCGAAUUUGGGGAGUGGACCGAAAUCCCCGGGGCCCAUCAUAUCAUCCCGUGCGGCUUUAUGAAGAUCGUGGAGAUCCUCUCUCGCUCCAUCCCAGAGCCGGUCAUCCAGCUGAACAAGCCAGUCAAGUGCAUCCACUGGAAUCAGUCCAUCAGCAAGGAGAUCGAGCGGGUGGCCGACCACAACAGUGACCGCAUGGAAGAAGAUGCGGGCUACCACAUCUUCGUGGAGUGCCAGGACUGUGAGCUCAUCCUGGCCGACCACGUCAUUGUGACAGUGUCCUUGGGAGUCCUGAAGAAGCACCACGAAAACAUGUUCCACCCCCAGCUGCCUGAAGAGAAAGUGAUGGCCAUUCAGAAGCUGGGCAUCAGCACCACAGACAAGAUCUUCCUGGAGUUUGAGGAGCCCUUCUGGAGCCCCGAAUGCAACAGCAUUCAAUUUGUCUGGGAGGAUGAAGCUGAGGCCGAGAGCCUUACGUAUCCUGAGGAGCUGUGGUACAAGAAGAUCUGCAGCUUCGAUGUCCUCUACCCGCCUGAGCGCUACGGCCACGUGCUGAGUGGCUGGAUUUGCGGGGAAGAGGCCCUGAUCAUGGAGAAGUAUGACGACGAAACUGUUGCAGAGACCUGCACCGAGAUGCUGCGUAAAUUUACAGGGAAUCUGGACAUUCCAAAACCUCGGCGGAUCUUGCGAUCCUCUUGGGGCAGCAAUCCUUAUUUCCGUGGCUCCUAUUCCUACACUCAAGUUGGCUCUAGUGGAGCGGACGUGGAGAAACUUGCAAAGCCACUGCCUUACACCGAGAGCUCCAAGACGGUUCCUAUGCAGGUGAUGUUUUCGGGUGAGGCCACCCACAGGAAGUAUUAUUCCACUACCCAUGGUGCUUUGCUUUCUGGCCAGAGAGAGGCGGCUCACCUCAUCGAAAUGUACCAAGACCUCUUGCAGUGCAGGAACUGAGAGGCCUGAACUUUCAGAAGAACCACUAACUCGUGAUUCCUUUUAUGGCUGUGUCUUUAAAGAAGUCUUUUUUUUCUGUCUUGCUUUUCUUUUCUCUUUUCUUUUUUUAAAAAACUAAUACAAUAAACAUUUUUAUCUUUUUAUAUAUAUAAAAAGUCUUAACGAUUUUAACCUGUAGUUGGCUGAUGGUAGUUUAUUUCCAUGUACUGUAUUUGUUAACCGGAAAGGGGUGCUCUUCCUGUCUGGGUGAAAACUGUUUUUUCUUUUCUUUUUUUUGUGGGGGUGUAUAAUUUUAGCUUCUGACUGCACUUCUGGUGCUUCUUUUGGAGGUAUUUCUCUAUCCCCCCCCCAGCCCCUGGUAUUGUAAGUGCCUUCUAUAUUUCAAUAAAUGUUGUAAUAACCACUCUGAAA